AUGAAUAGCACCAAAUUCCCCAUAGAAUUAAUUAAAAAGAAGUUUUACGAGCAUACAAUCGCCUACAAAUUUAAGUGGAGUAAUGGCACCAUAUCUAUUGAACCCAUGAAUCAAUUGACCCCCCAAAUGCUUGAACUGGUGCAUGAAUAUGAAUUGCAGUAGUACUACCAAACACAAAAGAAAGUCAAACUUAAUUCACCCUAAAUUUCCCCCAAAAAGUGCCUUCCAAACUCAAUUACAGAUUUCCAACAAACUUCCUUGCUUAAAAAACAAGAACCAUCUACAAUUACUAAUAAGGCUCCUGUGAAGACUCCCCAAAACAGUAUUCUCUAAUCUAAUAUAGUUCUACCCUAUGAUAUCAUCCAAUAGAGAGAAAAAUCCAAUUCUAGGUAAUAUCUGAAAAAGACAUUUACUAAACACCCUCACUUACCUAGACCUAAUAAGAACUGCAUAAUCAGGAACAUUAGGAAAGAUAAUGGAGAUAUUUACUUUUAGAUAAUUGAUGAUUAGACAAAAUGGAUAAAAUUGGAAGAUCUCAAAAAAGAUUCGCCCAUUACUCUGUGUGAUUAUUUGCUGUCCAAAAUAAAAUUCAAAUGA